CGGCGGGUUCGCGCCUGCGCCGGCGGGUUCGGGCUCGCGGCCGCGUCCUGCGCGGCGCCCGGCGCCGCUGCGCCGGCAUGGCGGGAGCGUUCCUGAUGGAGAUCAGGCGGGGGACGCAGAGCGCGCUGCUGGUUAUCCGCGCGGCGGCGGAGCUCCCCAGCGCGCCGGUGGAGGUCUCGGUGUGCGCGGAUUCCCUGGAAGUGAAGAGCGGCGGGAGCUGCGAUGCGGCGGCGCUGCCGGCAGGGGUCAGGCUGGCGCCGCCCUCGUGCCGCGGGCUGCGGCUGCUGCGCGGGGACGGGCUGCACCUGCGCGUGCGCCUGCGCGGCGCGCCGCCCGCCGCCGAUGUGGUUUUUACCUUGAGGGAAAGCCUGAAACCCAACAAGAAUUAUGUCUUUUACUGUCAGUCCUGUGGUGACAUCGCAGUGAAAGACCGGAAAUUUCUCAGAGUUCUUCCUCUACCGAGUGAAAACUGGAGUGAUUUAGUUGAAGAGUGGUGUUGUCACCCUGACCCCUUUGCCAGAAGCACUUUGCACCCUCAGCAUGGUGACUGUUUUGUUGGAGACACUUUUUUCCUGUUGAAUUCAGGAAAUGAAUCACAUGUGUGUGAAUCUCCCAUGUGCUGCUCAGAAGCUGGACACCAUGUUUCGCAGAGUGGCUCCAAUUUGAAGUCAAAAGAAAAUACCAGAGUAAUUUGUAAGCGCUGCAAGGCAAUCCUGGGAGAAACAGUUUCAGCAGAUACCAUUAAAUAUUAUGUCACUGAGGUGAUUAUUCAACCAACUGAGGGAAGUUUCAGUCCAACACCAAGGUCUCAGUUUGUACAGAGCAUAGUUGCUCAGUGUCUUUUGGAAUUAUCCUCUGCUAAAAGCACAUUUAGAUUCACCAUAAAAGGAGAUAAUGGAAAAACCUAUAUUCUGAUAUGGCUUUUAAAUUCUGACACAUUACUGGUAGAGUCUUUAGGAAGUUCCUCCUCCCACAGUGAUUUUACACUGUUUGGAGAUACCCUCACACCUAGCUCUGGACCAGUGGGGACCUGGAAUGCUGUCAAAGUCCUUUACCAGCCAUGCAUUCAAUGCAGAAAUAAGGAGCUUACUGAUGCAUGGGAAAAUGAUAUGGGAGUUCAUCCUUUAAAGUUUCCAUCAGAAACAUGUUUGGAAUUAUUGUUGAUACUGGGUUUGAGUACCACAUCUCUGCCACCUUCACUUCGAUGCAUGAACUCUUUUCAGGUUGCCUUUUUAAAGAUGUGAAGAACGAAGAUACCUGUGUUGAAAAUGGUUGUUAGAUUUAUUUCCAGCAGAAAUGUGUGCAGACAACUUCCAAUGGUGGGACUUCUAGAAGAAAAUCCCCUGGCAAUACAAAAGAAAAUGGGAUGGGGUGGGUGGGUGUAUUCUUCAUAUCUGAAUGUGUUUCAAAACCAAAUAUAGAGUUGACUUUUAUAUCUAGUGCAUUCUUAGAUGUCAUUCUAAGAGUGACUUACCUGUCACUCCUAUGGCAUCCAGCUGGGAUGACUGUUACCAUGUCUUCACUGCCAAAAAGAAAUUCCCUAUGUGUCUUGUACUACCUUUACCAGUCUUUAAUAGCAAUGUAUAUAUCCUUAGGAAAGUUCACAACUGGUAGCAAAUAUUUAAAAUGUCAUGGAUACUAAUGUGAGUUCUUUACCUUCUUUGUUCUGGUGAAGUUAGAGGUCCACCUUUAAAACAUAAAAUAUGUUUCUUUGUAAAACUUACAUGUUUAUCAUGUAUGUUGUUUCAGAAUUAAGGUUUACCUCUCUGCUUGAGAGUGAAGGAGGACAGUUUCUGCAUUCCUACACCAUAUGUAGAUUUUAAGAGAAUUGAUAAUGUUUUGGAGAAUCAAGAUUUUAUGGUUAUUUGGAAUAAUUAUUAUUAUUAUUAUUAUUUCAAGGAAAAUUAAUGUGCUCUUUACUUAUUAAAUGGUCUUAACAUAGGAAAUGGUCCUACGAAGUGUUGGACACCUUGGUUUUACACAUCCAAAGACAAGGAGCUGAGGCCUCACAGCACCCACUCUGGACAUAAUUUUUCUGUUGUUAUUUUAGUUUUCAGUAUUAAAGGAAGAACAAAAUUAUUCUGACUUUUGUAUUCAGCUGCAAGAUAUUUUGUCUAUGCACCAAUGUUGAGUCAUUUUAUGAAUAAAAUAUUUUUUCUAAUUUAGUUUA